AAAAACUAUGUUAGUUAAUGGUGAUUUUGAUUUUUUUCAAAACUACUCGACUUAAAUAUGAUAUGUUAAUGUUUAAAUGACACUACUAUUGAUUUUUAUUUGAGAGGAAAUGAGAAAUCAAAUUUAGUUCCUUCCUAAGAUAGUAAGGAAUGUAAUCCAAAUUAGCCGGUUUUUUGUGAUCUUGAUAAUAUCUUAUCUAUUAAUUAGUUUUUAAAAAAUAAUUCAAUGUAAUUUGUAGUAUAUUUUUUAUUUAUGUACACCAAUUAAAUACAUUUAGGUUAUCAAUUUUUUAUUAGAAGAAACAAUAUUUGUAGGUUGAGUUUAUUUUAAAAUAAUUUAAGAUUCAAGUAUUGAGAUACUAUCAUUUCUAUUGAGUUAAAUCAAGUAAAUGCCUUAACAUAAUAUGUAAUUUUCUUUAUAAUUUAUCUUUUUAAUUGUUAAGUAACAGUUAUUAUGGCACCAAAAUCGAAAGGUGCUAAAAAAGAGAUAGCAAAACAUAAAUCUUGCUAUAUUAAGUCAAAUGAAAAAACAAUUUCGUCUGGAAACUGGCUAAUGACAUUUGAUGCUCCAUUCAAAAUUAUUUUAUCUGCUAGAAUAUUUGCUGCGUUUUUAAUUCAUAUAACUGAUUGCGAUGAAACUUUUAACUAUUGGGAACCUACUCAUUAUUUCAUAUUCAAUAGUGGAUUUCAAACAUGGGAAUAUGCACCAACAUAUGCAUUAAGAUCUUAUUUAUACAUUCUCAUUCAUGUGGUACCUGCAUAUAUUUACCAAUUAUUUUUUAGUGUCAGAAAAAUUAUGUUGUUUUACAUGAUUCGUUGUAUGCUAGGUUUAUUUUGUUCUGCAUGUGAAAUAUACUUUUACAGAGUUAUACAUAAAAAAUUUGGUUCAACUAUUGCUAAAUAUUAUUUAGCCAUUUCAGUAUUUAGUCCUGGAAUGUUUAUUGCAUCUGCUGCUUAUUUGCCAUCAAGCUUUUCCAUGUAUAUGACUUUUUUAUCAAUAGGUUCUUGGUAUAAUGGAAAUCUAGAAUUGGCUAUUUUUACAACUGCCAUUUCAACACUUUUGAGUUGGCCAUUUUCAGGUCUCAUUGGAUUUCCACUUGCUUGUGAUGUUAUUUUUCGACAAAAAAAAAAGAACUUAUUUAUUAAAUGGUGCUUUAUAUCAUUAUUAACAAUAUUGGGUUAUCAAAUUUUUGUUGAUUCUUAUAUUUAUGGAAAAUUUGUUAUAGCUCCGUUGAAUAUUGUAUUUUAUAAUAUAUUUACCAAUCAUGGACCAGAUUUGUAUGGUACUGAGCAUUGGAGUUUUUAUAUAUAUAAUGGUAUUUUAAACUUUAAUGUUGCAUUCAUACUAACAGUAAUUGCACCAUUUGGAAUAUUUUUUAACAAGAUAAUAUCUAUGAUUGUAUUUCAAGAUUCUAAGCAAUAUACAAAUAUUGGAUUGAAUUUGUGGGUGUUAUAUUUAUCUCCUUUUUAUUUAUGGCUCACUGUAUUUAUUGCUCAACCUCAUAAGGAAGAAAGAUUUCUAUUUCCAAUUUAUCCUUUGUUAUCUCUUACAUCUGCUGUGGCACUAAAGUAUUAUAUACCUGAUACACUUAAUAUUGUUCAAGUUAUUUCAUCAAAGUUAAAUAUGUUCACAUUGUCAAAAUUAUUCAAACACUUUAAAGAUGUGGCUUAUAUUCCAUUUUUUGUAUUAUUUGUAUUGUUAGGAUUAUCUCGAUGUUUACUCUUGAUAAAAGGCUAUCAUGGUCCCCUUGAUAUUUAUGCCGAGCUAAGCAAUGAAAAUUUAACAUUGCCAAAAUUAGAUAUUAUUAAUGUCUGCGCUGGAAAAGAAUGGCAUAGAUUUCCAACAUCUUUUUUUUUACCUGACCAGAGAUGGAAGAUGCAUUUUAUAAAAUCAGAGUUUCGAGGACUAUUGCCCGGUAAAUUUCAAAAUGAUUCUUUAUCUAAAGUUGUUGAAAAAUUUAAUGAUCAAAAUAAAGAAGAACUUGAUAAAUAUAGUGAUAUAAAUUUAUGCCACUUUUUAGUGGACUUAAAUAAUAACCUAAGUUCAGAGUUUGAACCUAAUUAUUCUGAAUUAAAAACCGAAUGGUCUAUUGUGAAAUCAGUUUUUUUUCUAAACAAUCAAAAGACUAAAUUAUUGUUUAGAACUCUAUACAUUCCAUUUAUUUGGGAAGAUAAUGUGUAUUUUUCUUCUUAUAAUUUACUGAUCAGAAAUCAAAUUGAAGAAAUGGGUAACAUAAACAUCAGAAAUGCUUCAUAAAUAUAUUAUUCCAUAUUAUAUUAUAUGUUAGUGAAUAUAUUAAAUAUGUGUAAAGUAUAAACUUAUAUUUUUUAUUAAAUCAUUUGUGAAUAAUUUCUUUUAUUAAUUAAUCAACACUUUUGAAAAAUAGCGCUAAUCUGUAAAAUUCUGAUUAUUGUAAGACAUGAAAAAUGAGAUAAGGACGAUUAACACAUUUAUAAAAAAUAAUUAAUUUAGGAUUAUAACGAGAUUUAAUAAAAUAAAGUAUAACAAAAAAAUGAAAAACGCAGAGGAGCAUUGCAUGAUACUUUUAUUUUCACUAACCUUGAAGCGUUUACGUACACGGUAACUCUCUAAUGUGUUGUGCACGAAAAAAAAUCUGACAUGACAUUGCAUUUAUGUAAUUACGGACUCAAUGACAUUUGUUGAUAGUCAAAUUAAAACGUAGAAUGUUUGGAGUCCAAAAUUUUUGUUAUGUUUUGAGUACCUUGGAGCUUUUGCGGUACUCGAAAGCAACCGUUCUUAAAAAUAAUCAUAGGUCUUAAUAAUUAGCAUGAUUUGGGAAAAGUAGAUGGUGCUCUGCACAAGUUCUUCUAGUUAAGGGCUGAAAUAUUUUGUACGAGGAAACAUAAAUUUAGCGAAUUUCAAAAACGGUCAAGGAAAUGUUGCACAUUUACUUAAUAUAUUUACGGAAACAUCAUUAAAAUAGUAAUGAUGACUUUGAAAAAUAGUCUGUUGUAAUCAAGAUUUAUACUAAUUAUAGCCGUUAAUACCGUUUUAUAACCUACUGUGGAUUGCUGAUACUUAUAAAAAGUACACAUGUCAUUUGUUUUCUAUUGUUUUUCACCUCAAAAUAUUAUUUUUUUUAAUGUUAUUGUAUUAUUUAAGUUAAAAACAAUUGUAUUCUAAGUAUUACCUAAAAUAAAAUU